UUACCAAUUUCAAUGGCCCCUUCAAAAAAGUUUGUUAAGCAAAUCCAACGGCUGAGUUCACUCUAAUUCAAAAGUUGAACAAGUAGUAGUAGUACUUGGUCCAAGUCAAUGAACAGCUACCCUUUUUUGAGUUUCUCUGUUGGUUGAUAAGAAAGAAUCAAGAAACCCCAGGUGAAAAUUGGGGCAAAAUUAAGCAGGAAGAAGAAGAAGGGUAAUGGGUACCCCUAAAGAAGAGGCGACGGAUGAAGUUUUCUCCGAGAAUUUAGAGCAGAAGCCGGACCCUGACUCUGCAACCAGAAAAUUAGAGUUAAAAGCCGAUGUUGUUUCUGGUGAACUGCAGAAGAGGCUGAGUCAAUGUGAUAAAGGGAUUAAUGUGUCACAAUCCAAUCAAGAAGCUAUUUCUCUUUCUAGAGUACAAGAGAACCAGCCAGAAUAUGUGCAGAAGCAACAGGGUGUUAAGAGUGAGGCUGAUGCAUCUGGAUCUAGUCAACUUUCUAGUUUACCAAAGGACUCAGAUGCAAAAUCAUGUGGAUCAGAAUCUAGUGUAAAAGACAAAGUGGUUUCCGUGUUAUCUGGUAAGGCUUCAGAUUCUUCAGAUCAAAUGCGAAGUUCGAACAUGGAGGUUUUUGUAUCACAGUCUGAUCUACAACGAGUAAGUUAUACCAUAAAGCGUGAGAAAGCUUUGGAUAAGUUGCAACCAAGGCGGAAUCCUGACACUAGUGCCCAUGGGUUGAUGUCUGAUCAAGGAACGACUCUCCUCAAGGCACCUGAAAAACCAUCAGAAGAUGGAUAUAACUGGCGAAAAUAUGGUCAGAAGCUUGUGAAAGGAAAUGAGUUUACUCGGAGUUAUUACAAGUGCACAUUCCCUAAUUGUCUAGCAAAAAAGCAAGUGGAGAGAUCACAUGACGGGCAUAUUACAGAUAUCCACUAUAUUGGGAAGCAUGAACAUCCGGAAACUCUAAGUGUUCCCCAGAUGUCCCCCGAGUAUGUACUCCCUUUGCAAAUGAAACGACCAGACAUUCCAAUUAUCACUGCAUUAGAAGCUGAAGGUGAGAAAUCUUCUACGCCCCGAGAAACAUGUGAACCUAGUAAGCCAUCAGAAGCCCCGCUUGCGUUGGACAUUGUGUCAGCUUGUGAUAGUGUGAAGGUUACGCCUUUGAAGCGACAUAAAUUGGAAAAUGAGGUCGAUAAGGGUGAUGGUCAAGACUCAAAAAAACAAAAAAAGGACACAGUAGCUACGGAUGAUACUCCACCUAUUAAGUCCCAUAGUGAACCACGGCACAUUGUUCAGACCGUGAGCGAAGUAGAUAUAAUCAAUGAUGGUCAGCGCUGGCGCAAAUAUGGGCAAAAAAUUGUCAAAGGCAAUCCAAAUCCGAGGAGUUACUACAGAUGCUCAGUUGCUGGUUGCCCUGUGAAGAAGCACGUGGAGAGGGCAUCCCAUGAUCCAAAAUUAGUCAUUACAACAUAUGAAGGACAGCAUGUCCAUGAUUUCCCAACUUCUAGGGCUAUAAGCCAAAUUUCAGUGGCACCUGAUGCCGGUACAGCAGACAUACGUGAAGAUUCCAGAAUUGAAUCAGGUGAAAAGAAACAUGUCGUAGAGUCCAAAACUGAAUCAGGUGAAACCAAACAUAUCAGAGAGUCCAAAACUGAAGCAAGUGAAAACAAACAUGUCAAAGAGUCCAAAGCCAAAUCGGGUGAAAACAAACAUGUUGGAGAGUCCAAAACUGAAUCAGGUGGAAACAAACAUGCCGGAGAGUCCAAACCUGAAUUGGGUGGAAACAAACAUGUCGGAGAGUCCAUACCUGAAUCGGGUGAAAACAAACAUGUUGGUCUUGACAUGGCUGUUCAUAUUGGUGCAAAUUGAGUGUCAACCAUCUGAUGCAAAACAAUCAACUUAUCCAGAAGUAGAGUUUUUACUACACCAGUCUUCCAAUCUUACAAAUUUGUUCAAUUAUUCUCUUCCUGAAGGGGAGAAAAGAAGGUUACAUUUCAUAGGUACACUUCUUAACUUAUUAUUGGCGAUGGAGCUGUGUUAUCGUAUAUUCACUGUAUAAAUUAUGUUUCUUAGCAAACGGGAAACGAAUGUUAGGUUUUUAUCAGAAAUAACCAAUUAUUGACAGUUGAUCAGGCUGUUUUAGCUUUCUGUAACUAGUUUGCAGAUGCAUUUUACAUAAGAAUUGAGUGAUAACAGGGAACACUA